AUGCCCGACUCUUCAGUUUCUAAUCAUGAUAUUAAGUCAAUGUCCCACACCAACACCAUUACAAAUAACACAUCUCCGUUCGCCACACUAUCUUCUAACAUGGAGAAAAAGACAAUAGACCCUGAAACUGAACACCACCACCACCACCAACACCAGGACAAUGGAAAUGGAAAUGAAGACAAAGGAACCACAAUUAAUGGCAAAGUAGGGACAUUAUUAUCAGAGCAAGAAGCAAAUAACAGACCAAUAGUCCAUGUGAAUUCAUUAUCGAAAAGUUGGCAUUACGAUACAUCAAAUUCCGCAAGUUCUAAAUCAGCUCCCAACACCCCCAAAAUUAAAUCUCGAUCACAACCAGUUUCCAGAAGAGCAAGUGUAGAAGAUAUACAUUUUCAACAUAUCCCAUCACAUCAUGAAACUCAUAAUUAUAGUUUUAAAAAUUCAGUUUUAAUUCCUGCUGCAAAAUGGGCUUAUCUGCCAAUAUCGAAAAUGAGACGACUGACAAAUCCUAGCAUUACUAAUAACAGUCAAAUCCAUGAAGAAUACUUGAUUGAAUAUUCUGUAUUUCGUCCUAUCAAAGGGUUACCAGAAUUGAAUUCUCAUAAAGAUAUUUUAAUUCAUUUACGAGAUACAAUCGAAUCACAAACUAAAAAACCAUUUGAAUUCCCUGAAACAUACAUUUCUGAAAUUGAUUUCCAUAAUUUAUUAUUUAAAAUCACGAAAAUUAUUGAGACUGAUCAUAUUUAUCCAGAAAGAAUAACUACUGGUUCAUCGGGGAGUUAUUUUAUAUUUGAUAUUGAUUUUUCUCUUUAUAAAAUUGGUAUUUUCAAACCAAAAGAUGAAGAACCAUAUGGCCCAUUACUGCCCAAAUGGACCAAAUGGGCUCAUCGAACUUUUUUCCCGUGUUUUUUCGGUAGAAGUUGUUUAAUUCCUAAUCUUGGAUAUAUUAGUGAAGCAGCAGCUUGUGUUUUAGAUCGACAAUUACAUUCAUUUAUUGUUCCCCAUACGGAAAUUGUUGAAUUACGAUCACCAACGUUUUUUUAUAGUUAUUGGGAUAAAAGUAAUGAUGUGACUAAAUUACCUAAAAAGAAAGGUUCAUUGCAAUUAUUUUUAAAUGGAUAUAUUAAUGCUGAUAUAUGGUUAAAAAUUUAUCCAAUACCAACAAAUGAUGUUUAUUUGUUAAAGAAAACGUCUCGUAUAGAAGUACCAUUAGAUGAAACCAAAUUUUUGUUUACAUGGAGUCAAGAAUCAAUGCAACAAUUUCAAGAAGAAUUAGAAAAAUUGGUGAUUUUAGAUUAUCUUAUGAGAAAUACCGAUAGAGGAUUAGAUAAUUGGAUGAUUAAAUUGGAAUGGAUUGAAAUUAAAAGGAAACAACUGAUUAAAAUAAUGAAACCAAUCAUAAAAAUUGGUGCUAUUGAUUCAGGUUUAGCAUUCCCUUGGAAACAUCCUGACGAAUGGAGAUCUUUCCCAUUUGGUUGGUUAUUUUUACCACUUUCAAUAAUUGGACAACCAUUUUCUCGUAGAACUCGAAAUCAUUAUUUACCAUUAUUAACUUCAAAGAAAUGGUGGGAAGAAACGGUGAUAAAAUUAAAAGAUGUUUUCAUGCAAGAUAAUGAUUUUAAAGAAAGAAUGUGGUUGAAACAAUUGGCAGUUUUAAAAGGUCAAGCAUUUAAUAUUGUUGAGAUAUUGAAAUUAACUUAUGCUGGUCCUUUGGAAUUGACCAGACGUGAGAAUUUGUUGGUCAUUGAUGAUAUAAUGUAUAUGCCCAAUGGGAAAUGUGAUUAUGACUUUAUGAAAUCGUCAUUAUAUGAAAGUGAUAUUUUUAAAAGUUAUCGUGUUAGGAGUAGUGACAGGAAUCAUAGAUAUGAUAGUGACGAAGAGCUAGGGCAGCAAGAAGAAGGAGAAGGAGAGGUGAUUAGUCCGAAUACUCCAUUGUUAGCACAUCCUCAUAACCAUUAUCUUGAAGUGAUUAAUGAAUCAUUUGAUGAUACCAAUGAAUCUGGAUAUGAACAUAUGAAUAGAGAAAACAAUGUUGCUGCUACUGAUAAAGGUAAAAAAGUUAUUAUUGAAAGAUUAAUUAAAGAGACUAGCAAACCCCCUGUUUUCACUUGGUGUUGA